AUGAAAUAAUCACUUUUUGCUUAGCGUAUGAAGUUAAAAAAAGAAAUCCAAUAAUAAUAAGAUCCUAUUCCUUUCCCUUAAACAUUCAAAGUUGAUAUUCCAACUUAACCUAAUCGUGCCUAAUUUCAUGGAUUAAGUGAAUAAGAAUAUUAAAAAAUUGAUGAAGAAAAUCUUAAAGCAAUUAAAGAAAUGAAUUAAGAAUAAGUAUUAGAAUUAUAAAAGUAAAUCAGAGAAUCAUUAGGUGAUAAUUUAUGUAAAAUGUUUGAAACUGGAGACAUUUACUAAGUCAAACAAUAAAAAUAAAUGCAACUUGAAAUUAACUAAAACAUAAGUAAAAACACUGAAGUUUUUAGUAAACUUAUUGAUGAAGAUUAAAUUAUAAUCUCUUAAAUACAAGAACUUAUUAAAUCUCCAGAAAUGAGUAGUGUCAAAUUGGCACUUUAAAAAAUUGAUUAAGUUAUUAAACCUAAAAAUGUACUUUAACUUGAAUCUAUCAAUAUAAGUGAUUAUUUGAUAUCAGUUGGAAAAUCAACUAAUAUUUCAGUAUCAUUAUUUGCUUUUGAUUUACUUUAUUCUUAUUGGACAUAAAUAGUACCUAAUUGUUGGAAUCCUAUCUAUAAUCUAAAAGAAACUAAAUAAAUUGAAGAUCUUUAUAUUGAUUUACCUUAAAUGAUUAAUUAAUUAUAACAUCAUCUUCCUUAUUCAAAAGCUUUAGAUUUAUUAAGAAUAAGAAACAUUCUAUCCUAAUCUAAUACUAAAUAUAUUAUUGAAUAAGAAUCAAUUUUGAACAUAGAAUGUAAACUUAAAUCCAUUAUUUUACUUUCAAAAUUUGAUGAACUAUAAAAAAUUGAUUUUAUUUCUUAAGAUUUUUCACAAUUUAUUCUUGAAAUCAUUUUCUAUUAUUACCAUUAUUUAAUUGAUUCAUAAUGCAAUAUCAUCAUUAGUGAAUUAUCCAAAACCUCUAAUUCAAAUCUUAAAUUGGCCAUAUUCUAAUUAUAUUAAUCAAGAUUUAAUUGUAAAUUAAUUCAUGACAAAUUAUAACUUAACAUCCAGAAACCUAAUAUUAAUCAAGAUAUUUAAAUUUAUGAAAUAGUCCCUUUUCAAUCUGUUAUUGCAUCAUUAUAUGAUUCAUUUAAUUUAGCUAUUUUCUCAGGUCAGGAUGUUGUGAUUUGCCUAAAAUAAAUAGUUUCUUUAAUUUUUGAUAUAAGAUAUCUAGCUAAAUCUAUUAUAUCUAGAAAAUAAAGGAAAAUUCAUAAAUGGAGAUUAUUAGAUAUUUUAAGAAAUGUUUUUUAAGAUCUAUUUAAAAAUGAAGCUAAUAAAAGAACAUCUAUAAAAGAUAAUAAUGAAAAGUUUUAACUAUUAGAAUUGAUUAGAUAGCAGUUAAAAAUUGAAUUUCAUUUAAAAGAUUAAAAAGAAUUAAUUUUUGAAGCAAGUUUAUAUUUAGGACUUUCUUAGUUUCUGAGUCAACAUGAAUAUUAAUUAGAAUCUGUUUAAUAAUAUAUUGAUUGUUUUAAUGACAUUGAUUUUGAGAUCAAAUCAGAAUUUGUUCUUUUAAAACUAUACAAACUACUAAUAUCUAAUAAAGAAUUACCAAAAGGAUUAAUAAAUUUAUACAAAUUUUUGUUAAAUAAAAUAAAUCUUAAAGAAUUAGCUGCCCUAUUAAAUAAAAAUGUUUCUUAUUUUGAAAAAUUACUCUAAAAAUGUUAAUAUGAUUCAUAUUAUAAUUAAACUUACGUGAACAUAUUAUUUUUGUUUAUUAGCCCUCAUUUUAAUCCUGAUUUUCACAAUUUACUAUUUUAGGAAUUCUAAUGUACUCCUAUUUUACAAUAUCUAUCAUAUGAUAUUUAUCUUGAACAUUUGAAUUUCUUUACAAUAAAACCAAGCAAAGGACUAGAGAUCUAUAGAUAAAACGUUUUAGAUAUAAACUGUUAAAAUUAAUUUAUUUAAUAAUGGUAAGCAGAAUUAAGUUAAUGGUGA